AUGCCUGACAUAGACAAUAAUCAGCUUCUUGGAAACAAUCAGGGACUCACCCAACUAAAAGAUCAAAGACAAAACAUAAAGAUGAGCUGCCCGGAAGAUCUUCCUACACCUACUAAUUCACAAUCCCCAGGCGGCUCAGACGACACUGCAAGGGCUUCGACGCAAGAUCAGACCCAAUUUCAAUUGGAGAGCCAUACAGCAACUCUGGAAGUCGCAACAGAUGUCAGCCAGAACGAUGAAUGGGGUGAUGAGGAUGGCGAAUUCGAAUUGGAGGAAGACAUGUCCGAAUUAGUUGCAUCGACAAUUAAUGCUAGUAGCGCAGUAAGCACCUCGGAUUCGAUUGUCACAGGCGAAAGCGAGCAGCAAAAAUCAGCAGAGGGUUUACCAGAAACAAUCAGAUAUGGUCGUAACGCGCAUAAACCACCAUCUAUCCAUAUACCGCAUGAUUCGGAGGGAGCGAGUAAAAAUGGGUUGGAGGCCCCGCAGUCAGAUAGGAGAAAGUCUCCUGGUCGGCCCAAGAGGGCUGCAUCCAAAUCACCAACUGCAAUGAAACGUCCUCGUGAUAAACCGCUCGCCGAUGCAGAUGACAUUGUAUGUUCUUUAUGUCAUGAUGGGAAAUCCCCUAAGCGUAAUAGAAUAGUACUCUGUGAUGGAUGUGAUACUCCUUAUCAUCAACAAUGUCAUGAUCCAAAGAUUGACGACCAAAUUGUAGACACUGCGGAAACAAACUGGUACUGUCACAAAUGUUCUCAACUCAAGCGACGUAAAUUGGCAAAAGAUGUUUCUGGGCAAGGGAUUAGUAAACAAACGAAAUAUUCAUACCUAUACAGUUUACGAAAAGAAGAUUUAAUCGAACUAAUAUUCUUUGCCGAAAACAUAAGCCCUCUUCUGCCUUUUUAUCCGAGUCAUUUAAGAGAGCGUAUUGAAACAUUGUCUCCUCCGCUUGAGCAUCCACAAACUUUCACUUCAACGGCAGCUGUUUCACUAACGUUAGACCAUAUAAAUGGAAUAAAAGGUAUGUUUGAAGCAAACUCUCAAAGUUCAAUACAACAAAGCGUAUCCCCGAUAUCAGCCAUAAUGCCGUUAACGACACCAAAUGGCGGUGAGGAAGAAAAUAAGUUCAAGAACGCCGAACUGCCCUCUUAUGAAGAGAUGAUUGUCAGAGCUGCUACGGCAAUAAACGAUCCAAACGGUAGCGCUCCUAAACACAUGUUUGACUGGAUGAAUGCUAAUUACAAGCUUCACAAGAACUUUCGUGCGUCGGCUUCUCAAGCAUUACAAAAAAUUGUCAAGAAGGGUCGUCUUAUUCGAAAUGGGAGUACAUAUAAAAUUAAUCCUGACUACGUUCCUCCAAAGAGCGCACGUAGGAAUUCAAAAAAAUCUUUGAUAACCGAUGAGCCAUCAUACAAAGCUGCCGAUACAAUGGUUACUCCUGAAAGCGAAACCAACGAAAAUGUGCUGAUGUGA